UGCAUCACACACAAGAAGGCAGUCGAGCACGUGUCCAAUAACCAAAAGCCCAAGCCACCCCUAGUCACUUCACAUACAGCGAGUCGUCGGCGAUCAGCGUCGGCUAGCUCAGCUCCGAUCAGCGGCGAUGGCUUCCUUGACGACGGUGCCUACGGCGACCGCGGCGGCCGGCGGGCGGCGGGACCAGCGGGAGGGCGCGGAGGUGAUCACGGGCGCGGAGGCCUGCUUCGCGCACUCCAAGGAGAUGCUGCGGGCGCUGGGGUUCCCCGGCGGGGUGAUGCCGCUGCGGGGGCUGGAGGAGUGCGGGUGGGUGCGGGAGACGGGGUUCGUGUGGAUGCGGCAGAAGGCGCCCUACGAGCACUACUUCCGGGGCACGGGCACCCGGGUGCGCUACGACGCCGAGGUCACUGCGUACGUGGAGGACGGCCGGAUGAAGCGCAUGACCGGGGUGCGCAGCAAGCAGGUCAUGCUGUGGGUGCCCAUCGUCGAGAUGAGCCUCGACGGCGAGAAGCGCGACAGGAUCUACUUCAAGUCCAACGUCGGCAUCGGCCGCUCGUUCCCCGCCGCCGCCUUCGCCGACGAGGAGGAGGAGGAGAAGAAGGAGAAGGAGGGGGACGGCGACAAGCCCGCCGAUGCCGAGGAGGAGGAGGACGCCGCCGCCAGCAAGUGAGAGCGCGAGGCUUGCGUUGCGUGAUCACGCGCCGAUCGGAGAUGAUGUUGCAUGUAUCUUCCUUUGCGACUUUGUUUGCUUCAUUCUCUUUUGCCUGUGUUUAAUUACCUCGUCGAUACGUGAGGAAUAAAAAUUGAGCAAGUUGAUCCGAUGCUUACA